UCAAAUUUUGAAAAGCCCCAAACUUGCAAGAAAUUCAGUUACCCUCCGUAACCUCACACCCCCCACCUGAAUCUCCCUCUCAAAUCCAAAUAUAAACGUCAUGGAGUUGUUGAACAAAACCCGCCAAGACGCUCGGAGCUCCGAAGAAGAGGAGGAGCUGGAAAAGCUCGAGUCCGAUGUGAUGGAAAUGGCGCACAAGAUUCUGGAUUACAGAGCUGCUCUCCCGGAUCAGCUCAGGACCACUCUCGUUUCGGUACUCACUAUUCAGAGACCCAUUUUCCCUCAUGGGUUGGAGCCCGGUCCAUCCGGACGUCCGAUUUUAGAAGGGCCGGUUAAAUCUAGUGUGGAGGCAGUACAGGCAGAAGAGGAUCAAGAGACUGCUGAGAAAAUACGAUUACUUAAAGAUAAAAUUUCAAGCAAUGUCUCAGCCACGCCUGUUGUUCUGAAGAGGAUGAAAGAUUGUAUUUCUAAGAUUGACAAAUUGGAUUCUUACAAAGGAAUCACACAUCCUGCAUUUAAGAGGAAAAAGAUUAGCUGACGAAAUUUUAUCGUCCAUCCUUAUUUAUGUAGUUGUUAAUUGAAGAGGAAUGCAAAGGGUGUUCCAAUAAUUGAUCAACUUUAUUUGUUCAAUGGGGACAUGCAUCCAGCUUUGGAAGGGAAGGGGAUCUACUGAUCCAUUGAGAGUACUCCCAAAGGCAUUCCUUUUGAUCUGUAUCAUAUUUUGUUGAUAAUAUCCGCAGCACCUCUUGCACCCAUCGAUUCAGUUACAAGGAAUGGAGAGAAGGUGUUAUUUUGUGGAAUGUUCAUAUUCUUACAUUUUCCAUUUUUUCUUUAUUCUGUUAUUUGCUACUGGGAAUCGGGAUAUGUCAUAAAAACUAAAAGCUGUCUGUGAAUGACCAGGUCAGUAACUUUUCUUUUCCAUUUUACCCCUUUGAACAUUUCCGUAUGAAGUCCACUUGUCUGUGGGAAUGUUGCAUUGGCUUUGCAAAUUUUACAGCAGUUGGUUGGCUAGAGAGCUGCUGUUUCGCAAGAUUGGCCAGCAACUAGCAGACUGGGAACAUCCAAACAGACCAGUUACCAGAUCCUGUUAUGCUGAUUACUGGGUCAUCCUGAUGUUAAAUUAGUAGGACUAGCAAUCAAUCCUUCUAGUGAACUUAUCUGUUCAUCCAGGAGUAAACAUGAUGUGUAGGAGGUUUACCCACUUCAGUUUUCAAGAUUCACAGUUAGUUAAAUAACUGAAGAAGAGGAAGAGGAAAAAGAAGA